AUGGUAGAAGGAAAAGUAUUUGUAGUAUCUAAUAGAUUACCAGUAACCAUAAAAAGAAAAGAUGAUGGUACAUAUGAUUAUUCAAUGUCAUCAGGUGGAUUAGUAACAGCAUUACAAGGUUUAAAAAAAUCAACAGAAUUUCAAUGGUUAGGUUGGCCAGGUUUAGAAAUUCCAGAAAAUGAACAAUCAAAAGUAAAUGAAGAUUUAAAUUCAAAAUUUAAUUGUACAGCAAUAUAUUUAAGUGAUACAAUAGCAGAUUUACAUUAUAAUGGAUUUUCAAAUUCUAUAUUAUGGCCAUUAUUUCAUUAUCAUCCUGGUGAAAUGAAUUUUGAUGAAAAUGCUUGGGCAGCAUAUAUUGAAGCAAAUAAAAAAUUUGCUAUUGAAAUUUCAAAACAAGUUGAAGAUAAUGAUAUGAUUUGGGUUCAUGAUUAUCAUUUAAUGUUAUUACCAGAAAUGUUAAGAAAUGAAAUUGGUACCACCAAAAAAAAUAUAAGAAUUGGAUUUUUUUUACAUACUCCUUUUCCUUCAUCUGAAAUUUAUAGAAUUUUACCUGUUAGAAAAGAAAUUUUAAUUGGUGUUUUAAGUUGUGAUUUAAUUGGGUUUCAUACUUAUGAUUAUGCAAGACAUUUUUUAAGUUCAGUUUCAAGAAUUGUUCCAAAUGUUAAAACUUUACCAAAUGGUAUUGAAUAUGAAAAUAGAAAUAUUAAAAUUGGUGCUUUUCCCAUAGGAAUUGAUGUUGAUAAAUUUAUUGAUGGAUUAACUAAAUCCAAUGUUAAAAAAAGAAUUGAAUCUUUAAAAAAUAAAUUUGAAGGUAUAAAAAUUAUUGUUGGAGUUGAUAGAUUAGAUUAUAUAAAAGGAGUUCCUCAAAAAUUACAUGCUUUUGAAAUUUUCUUACAACAAAAUCCAGAAUGGAUUGGGAAAGUUGUUUUAGUUCAAGUUGCUGUUCCUUCAAGAGGUGAUGUUGAAGAAUAUCAAAGUUUAAGAGCAACUGUAAAUGAAUUAGUUGGUAGAAUAAAUGGUCAAUUUGGUACUGUUGAAUUUGUACCGAUUCAUUAUAUGCAUAAAUCAAUACCAUUUGAUGAAUUAAUUUCUCUUUAUAAUAUUAGUGAUGUUUGUUUAGUAAGUUCAACAAGAGAUGGUAUGAAUUUAGUAAGUUAUGAAUAUAUUGCAUGUCAACAAGAUAAAAAAGGUGCAUUAAUAUUAUCAGAAUUUGCAGGUGCAGCUCAACUGUUAAAGGGAUCAAUAAUUGUAAAUCCUUGGAAUACAGAAGAUUUAAGUGAUGCAAUAAAAGAAAGUUUAACAUUACCUCAAGAAAAAAAAGAUUUUAAUUUUCAAAGAUUAUUUGACUAUAUUUCAAAAUAUACUAGUGGAUUUUGGGGUGAAUCUUUUGUUAAAGAAUUAUAUAAUUGUCAUUCAAAUAAGGAUUAA